CCAAGUUGGAGUACAUGGAAAUUGACUUCGAGGAAGCUCAAAAUUGGUUAUCCAAGUACAAAAUGCUGAAACUAAAAGAGCUUAUUAUCUUGAAUUCAGUCCACCGCCCAGAUCUUUUGUACCCGUUUCUGUACAAAAUGCCAAAUCUAGAAAAAUUAAAAUUGACUUCCUCUAGUUCUGAAUCGUUAGAGACACUGCGAAGUACAAACAACGGGCAGCACGACAGAUUGGGAGUUGUAUUACAGUUGAAGCAAUUGUUUAUUUGUUCCUCAGAUAUAAGUGAUCUAGGAUUUGAACGAGACCAAGUUCUAGAGAGGCUGGAGCUUUUGAGAUUAAAAGGUUGCUACAAUUUGAGCAAUUUAUGUCCUUCUUCUGUAUCAUUGAGUUACUUGACAUGUUUGAAACUGAAGAGAUGUCAUAGAUUAAAAGAUUUAGUGGCAUCCUCCACGGCCAAAACCAUGGUUCAACUUAAGACCAUGAAGGUAAUCAACUGUCGUCAAGUAGAGCAAAUAGUAAGCAACCACAGAAGUGAAGAAGGCAAAGGGAUAAAAAUUGUAUUCAGCAAAUUGAUUUCUAUAGAACUCGUGGGGCUAAUGAACAUGACAAGUUUUUGCGGUUACAAGAACUGUGAAUUCGAAUUCCCAUUACUGGAAAUAUUGAUUGUAAGAGAAUGUCCGAAGAUGAAGAAAUUCAGUGAGAGAGAGUCAAUAGCACCAAAGUUAAAAGAUAUAUUUCGUGUGGAGGGAGAUAAAAAGGCGAAAUGGCAGUGGGAAGGUGACUUGAAUGCCACCAUACAAAAGGUUUUCGAUGAUAAGCUCAGUUUCGCAUAUACUGAGGAUCUGCGGCUUUCCGAUGAUACUCAACUAUGGCAAGCCAGUCGUUCGGUGCAGCAAAACAGCUUUAGGUAUUUGAAAAGGUUGACUGUAGAGGGAUGUCAUAGUGUAGUGCAUGUAAUUCCAUCUCAUUUGCUUUCUUGCUUUCACAAUUUAGAAGAGUUACAUGUAUCCCGUUGCAAAGCAGCAGAGGUCAUAUUUAAUAUCAAUGAUGAGAACAGGGUGACAAAACCUUCGGGAAUAUUCCGUUUGAAAAAAUUGUAUUUAAAUAAUCUACGAAAACUGGAGCAUGUAUGGGAGAAGGAUCCGGAGGGAAUUAUGGGCCUUCAAGCGCUAGAGAUAAUGUAUGUUUAUGGUUGUGGGCGUCUUAAAAGUUUGUUUCCAGCAUCCUUGGCCACCACAGAUCUCACCAGACUUCGACUGCUUCACGUAUGUGGAUGUGAGGAAUUGAGAGAGAUAUUUAGGAAGGAUGAAAAAGUUGGAGAAGGAGAAGAUGGAACAACACAACACUCUGCGUUUCCUCCUCUCACCUCAUUGACGCUGUACAAAUUGCCAUCCCUCAAAUACUCUAUCCACCGCUCCAAACAACAGGAGAGUACAUCAAAUUUGAGUGAGGGAGAUAUACAAGAGAUAUGUCUUGGCUCACGGUCCAUUCCAAACUCCUACUUCGGUCUCUUAGAAUCUCUAACUCUGGAUGGUUGCGAGUUUUUAACCGAUGUACUGCUACCAUUCAAUUUGCUUCCUUUCUUAACUAAUUUGGAAAAGUUGGAAGUUCGAAACUUUGAUUCUGUCAAAAUCAUCUUUGAUGUCAAAUGUACAACACAAGAGAGAGAGGUGGCAUCUAUGGGACAAACCCUCCCUUUUUCUCUGAAGAAAUUGGUUGUAUCCAAGCUGCCAAAUCUAGAGAAUGUAUGGAAUGAUAAUCCUUAUGGAAUUCUAACCUUACACCACCUACAAGAAUUAUAUGUUGAGGAUUGUAAAGACCUUACAAGUGUGUUUCCACCAUCAGUAGCCAAAGAUGGUGUAGAACAUGAAAAUCAAGUAGUGGAAGAUGUACUGCUUCCUUUUAGUUUGCUUCCUUUUUUAACUAAUUUGGAAACGUUAAAAGUUCGAAACUGUGAUUCUGUCAAAGCCAUUUUUGAUGUCAAAUGUACAACACAAGGCAGAGAUGUGACAUAUAUGGGACAAACCCUUCCCUUUUCUCUGAAGAAAUUGAUUGUAUCAAAGCUGCCAAAUCUGAAGAAUGUUUGGAAUGAAGAUCCUCAAGUAAUUCUUAGCAUGCACCAUUUACAAGAAGUUUGUGUUGAGGAAUGUGAAGGCCUUACAAGUGUGUUUCCAGCAUCAAAAGACAAAUAUCUUCUUAAACUUAAAAAUGUAGUGGUGAAAGACUGUAAAGGAUUGAUGACUAUUUUUGCAGACGAUAAUAUAGAUCCAAGAACAAAGCUAGAGCUUACAUGUCCCUUUGUGAGAUCAUUGGAACUUGAAGGUUUGCCCAACUUCAAGUAUUUUUACUACAGCUCACUGUAUUGUGACAUUUUUACAGAUCUAGAAUCACAUAACGAGAAUAAAGUCGGUAGUGAAAAGUUAUUAAAGUGCUUGUCAAUGGGGGAAAAUGGAGUAAAUAUGAUUUUGAAAGGAGAAUUUGAGCCAAACCUCCUAGACAACAUAAAAGCACUUACUCUGUGCUUGGGUUCGGAUUUAUUUGGAUAUGGAAUACUAGAAGGGUUUCCAAAUAUAGAGAAACUUGUGGUGUGUGAUGGUUCCUUCAAGGAGAUGUUCUGUUGUGAAAGUGGUAAUAAUGUGUUACAGAAGCUGAAAGUAUUACAGUUGGAGUCCCUUAGAGAGUUGGUUUCCAUUGGGUUAGAGAACUCUUGGACUGAUUCAUUUGUCAGAAACUUAGAAAGCUUUGAAGUCAUUAGUUGUGAGAGUUUAGAAAACUUGGUAGCAUGCAAAAAAGGAGUGUCUUUCUCCAAUCUGACAUGUUUGAAAGUAGAAGGUUGCUAUAGCUUAUCAUAUUUGUUGACAUCCUCAACAGCCAAGAGUUUGGGUCAACUGAAAAGAAUGAAGAUAAAAAGUUGUUAUUCAAUUGAAGAGAUAGUGUGUAAGGAGGAAUCAGAUGGGGAUGAGAUAAUAUUUCCGAAGCUCAGUUGUUUGAAUCUUGAAUGGUUAUCUGAGCUCAAAAGCUUCUAUAAAGGGAGUUUAAGUUUUCCAUCCUUGGAGGAAUUGACAGUAUCAUCUUGUUCCGAGAUGAUAACUUUAUGUCCAGGUACACUGAAAGCAGGCAAGUUGUCUCAAGUUAAACUGGAUAACUCCUCAGAGGCUGUUCAAUUGGAAAUUGAUCUCAACUCUACUAUGAGGGAGAAAUAUAUGAGAAAGAGAGCACCAUCGCAAUGGGAACUUGAGUUCAGAGAUAGGGCAGACCUACAAGAGAUAUGGCGUGUCGCACUGCAGAUAAAAGACUUUUGCUUCAGAUACUUGAAGAAAUUGAUUGUGAAUGAAUGCAAAAUUUCAUCAGAUGCAGUGCUACCUUUCACUUUACUCCCUUUAUUACCCAAAUUGGAAACAUUGGAAGUUCGAAACUGUGAUUCUGUCAAAACCAUAUUUGAUGUCAAAUGUAUAACACAAGACACAUCAAUUACUUUUCCUCUGAAGACAUUAGUUCUAUGGAAGCUGCCAAAGCUGGAAACCCUUUGGAAUGAAGAUACAGAUGGAAAUCCAGGUCAUCCAGAAGGAACCAAUCCCAACCUUACGUUCCCCACUCUGACGUCAUUGACGCUAUGGGAUUUGCCCAACUUCAACCAUAAUAUUCAUGAUGCAACACCAACAUCUGAGCUAAUUAUACCCAACUUAGAGGAUCUGACAGUGGGUAAAAAUGAAUUAAAGAUGAUUGUGGACGGAGAAUUUCAGACAAACCUUUUACACUACUUAAAAGUUCUCGGUCUGUGCUUUGAUAAUGAAUGUGAUGAAUUUCCGGAGUAUGGAUUUCUACAACAGUUGCCGAAUGUAAAGAAGCUUAUGGUGUGGAGUAGUUCCUUCAAGCUGAUUUUCUGCCAUCAAAGACCUAAUAAUAGUGAACUUCUAUUACAGCUCAAAGAAUUACGCUUGGAGUCCCUUGGAGAGCUAGUUUCCAUUGGGUUAGAGAACUCAUGGACUGAGCCCUUUGUCAGAAAUCUAGAAACUUUUGAAGUGAUUAGUUGUUCCACUUUGGAAAACUUGGUAACAUGCACAGUGUCUUUCUCAAACCUGAUAUGUUUAAAAGUACAAAAUUGUGAUGGUUUGUCAUAUUUGUUCACAUCCUCAACCGCGAAAACUUUGGCACAACUGAAAAGAAUAGAGAUAGAAAAUUGUGAAUCAAUUGAAGAGAUAGUGUGUGGGGAGGAAUCAGAUGAUGAGGAGGAUGAGAUAAUAUUUCCACAGCUCAGUUGUUUAAAACUUUAUAGGUUAUUGAAUCUGCGAAGGUUCUACAGAGGGAAUUUAAGUUUCCCAUCCUUGGAAGAAUUAUCAGUAACAUAUUGCGAUGAUAUGGUAACUUUAUGUCCAAGUACGCUAAAAGCAGACAAGUUGACUCAAGUGAGAAUUGAUUACAAAAACAUUCCACUGGACACUGAUCUCAACUCUACUACGCGGAAGGGAUUUGGGAGAAAGAUUUCCGAACUCGAAGAUCUUGAUCUCAAAAGUAGACCAAAACUACCAGAGUUAUGGCAUGACCCACUGUAUAUCCCAGACUUGUAUUUCAGUAAGUUGGUCAUAAUGACUGUGGAGGUCUGCCAAUUUUUAUCAGAUGCAGUGCUACCCUUUCAUUUACUUCCUUUAUUACCAAAAUUGGAGACAUUGGAAGUUGGAAACUGUGAUUAUGUGAAAACCAUAUUUGAUCUCAAACGUACGACAAAAGACACAGUAGUUACUCUUCCUCUGAAGAAAUUGAGUUUAUCCAACUUAUCAAACCUGGAGAAUAUUUGGAGUGAAGACCCUCAUGGGAUUCUAAUCAUGCAUCAUCUAAAAGAAGUACAUGUUAAGGAAUGUAAAGGCCUUACAAGUGUGUUUCCAACAUCAGUGACCAAAGAUCUAGUCGUGGACGAGUGUGAGGGAUUGAAGGCAAUUGUUGCAGAGGAAUCCAAGGAGGAUGAGAUAAUAUUUCCGCAACUCAUGUAUUUGGAGCUAGAAAGUUGCAAUAGCCUGCCAUAUUUGUUCACAUCUUCAACAGCAAAAAGCUUGGGUGAACUGAAAAGUAUGAAGAUAAAAGAAUGUAAAUCAAUUGAAGAGAUAAUAUCGAAGGAGGGGGAGGAAUCUGAUGAGAAUGUAAAAAUAAUAUUUGAGCAGCUGCAAGAUUUGUAUCUUGAAAAAUUAGAUGAGCUAAGGUGUUUCUACGCUGGCAAUUUUACUUUAAGUUUUCCAUCCUUGGAGGAAGUCCACAUCAUCAAGUGCAGCUCCAUGAAAACUUUCAGUGCAUUCAACAAAAUACAUAAUCCGUGGUAUUAUUCAGAAUAUGCGAGACCUCAAAAAGUAACUCAUCUUAAUUCUGCUCUACACAGAACUUCUGAAGAAGAGGUUGAGCCUCUGUCGCCGACUCCAAUAUUGCAGUAAUUAAGAGGAGAUUGAAGGCAUAAAGAAUGGAUGAAGAUGAACGUGUUUUAAAAAAAAUGAAAAAAAAAGAGUAUUGUUCUACCUGGUUGAAGAUGAAUGUGUCCCUAUUUUAUUAGGUGUGAUUGUGUUUUCAAAAAAAAAAAAUUGUGUUGUUGUACCUAGUUGAAGUAGAAUGUAUCCCUAUUUUAUCAGGUGUGAUUGUGUUUUUAAAAAAAAAAAAAUGUGUUGUUGUACCUAGUUGAAGAUGAAAGACAUUAUUACUUGUAUUAUGUAAUGUGUGGGAUUAAAAGUGAUGAACGGUCAUGAAUA